AUGAGUACUUUAGCAACACAAUUUGCAAUAGUUGUGACAUUGUUUCUAGUGUUGUUAAUCAAAAUUGAUGGAGAUCAUUUUGUUUCAAUUCCAAAUGAUGGAGUGAACAAAAAUUCCAUCAAUAUUGUGGUCGAGGAAGUUGAUGUGAAUGAAGAAUCACCUGAUUGCAGUACAAGACCAUGGAUAUGUAGCACUGGAAUAUUUCCACCAAGAAGUAUAUGUUGUGGAAACCGAUGUGUGGAUAUUGCAAACGAUAGAAAUAAUUGUGGGAUGUGUGGUGUAAAUUGUCCAUUUAAUUGGCAAUGUUGUAACCGUUUAUGCGUAAACAUAAAUUUAAGUCCUUUGAAUUGUGGUGGAUGUGGAAGGAUAUGUCCUAUUGGAAGAUUAUGUCGAUAUGGUAUGUGUGCUACUAACUUUGCUUAUCUAGCCCCACCCCCAGUACUUCCUCCAAUGGAAUAA